AGUACUUUCUCAGUUAAAUUUCGUAGACAACACUAAGCGAGCCAUGCUAAUUCGCUCCUGUUUCACCGUCUUCCCUUCCUACCCACCCGCCAAAUAGCUUAGAUUAAACACAUAGUUGUGUAGAUACUAUAGUUUGAUACAUAUAGGGAGUUUUUGAGGGAAGAAAAAUCUACCGCUCAUUUAGUAUUUUCAAGAUGUUCGCAAGCUUUCGUGUACGAUAAAAUAGGAACUCAGCCAGCGAUCGAGUACGAUAAUAUUGAAAGCAUCCUUUAGUGGGAUUAAAAUGCUUGAAACUAUAGCCUGAAUUCACAUUGGAAAGAUUCGGAAUAAUGAAACAAAAUAAGCAUCACGCUCACGCGAUGUGAGACUUCGCCUGGUUUUAAAAGACGAUCGUGUACGAUUUUUAUGGACUCACACCGUGAUCGAGUGCGAUCAUGUGGAAACCGUCCUUUAUUACGAUAUAAAAAUUAUCGAGAUUAUAACCUACACCCAGCAGAAAGCUAUGGAAUAAUGAACUAAAACAAAAUAAAAGCCCUAAUAGCUUGUUUAUAAAUAAUAGAGUUAUCUUUAUGUGCUAACCUGUUAUUUGAGAGCAUAAAAAUACAGGGGUCAUCUAGUAUUUUCAAUCUAGUCGCCAUUCUUUUCAUGUACCUUUGCAAAUGCAAAAACAUGGCACACUAAACGAACCAAUCGAUUGUCUGAUCUUCACUUGAAUGCAUUAACCACAUGACGUACUCUAAUGCUUCUGCAUACUAAUAAGGGUAAUCCCCGCCGAUCUGACUUUCACUUUCGCUAGUAGAAUUUCCUGUUUGGGUGUUUAGCGGGGCUCACAUUCACUGGCUUUUGGACUUAUAGAACCUGCGUGUUACGUCUACCAUCGCUUAAAUUGUCAAUAGCAAGCUUCUUCAUCGCUUUAUUGACAGUUAGCGUCAAUAACCAGCACAAGAACCUUCCCAAAGCUGUCUUCAUCUGCUCGACUUGUGCAAAGAUAUAUACAGCACUUCUUUGUCCUUCUUUUUGCCCCCGGUAGUUGAUUUUAGUGGGUUGAUGAAACAGAAAGAUGUCUGAGGGCAAGCCGUUUUCUGACUGGGGCGUGGCCGAGUGGGACGCCAUUCGCAGGGUGUGGUCCAACCUUCCCGACAUAUUCGGUUUCCUGAUUAUGUGGGGGAUGACCAUGAGCACGCUGACACCAGACCAGCAGAUUCAUUUACUGAAAGUAUGUUACGAUAUUUCGUACUUGCUCGGGGACAGCAAGAUGAUGAUAGUUGUGUAUGGUGCUGCGGUUGGCGUAUUUGACAAGAUGAGACAGUAUGACAAAGCAAUGUUGUGUUAUAUUACGGCGCAAGGGAUACCGGAAAACAUUGGUGACGUGAGUGGUCAAGCUACUGUAUACCUCGGUAUGGGUGAAGUCCACAGCUCUCAGGGCAAGUACGAGGACGCAAUGAAUAACUACCAACACGCACUUAGUCUAUUUCAAAAGACAGGUGACGAGAGUGGUCAAGCUAAUGCAUACCUUGGUAUGGGUAAUGUGCACAAAGACCAGGGCAAGUACGAGGACGCAAUGAAUAACUACCAACACGCACUUAGUCUAUUUCAAAAGACAAGUGACGAGAGUGGUCAAGCUGAAGCAUACCAUAGUAUGGGUAAUGUGCACAGGUCUCAGGGCAAGUACGAGGACGCAAUGAAUAACUACCAACACGCACUUAGUCUAUUUCAAAAGACAGGUGACGAGAGUGGUCAAGCUAAAGCAUACCAUGGUAUGGGUAAUGUGCACUGGUCUCAGGGCAAGUACGAGGACGCAAUGAAUAACUGCCAACACGCACUUAGUCUAUUUCAAAAGACAGGUGACGAGAGUGGUCAAGCUAAAGCAUACCAUGGUAUGGGUUAUGUGUACAAAGACCAGGGCAAGUACGAGGACGCAAUGAAUAACUACCAACACGCACUUAGUCUAUUUCAAAAGACAGGUGACGAGAGUGGUCAAGCUAAAGCAUACCAUGGUAUGGGUAAUGUGCACUGGUCUCAGGGCAAGUACGAGGACGCAAUGAAUAACUGCCAACACGCACUUAGUCUAUUUCAAAAGACAGGUGACGAGAGUGGUCAAGCUAAUGCAUACCACGGUAUGGGUAAUGUGCACAGGUCUCAGGGCAAGUACGAGGACGCAAUGAAUAACUACCAACCCGAACUUAGUCUAUUUCAAAAGACAUGUGACGUGAGUGGUCAAGCUAAAGCAUACCAUGGUAUGAGUAAUGUGUAGAAAGACCAGGGCAAGUACGAGGACGCAAUGAUUAACUACAAACACGCACUUAGUCUAUUUCAAAAGACAGGUGACCAGAGUGGUCAAGCUAAUGCAUACCACGGUAUGGGUAAUGUGCACAGGUCUCAGGGCAAGUACGAGGACGCAAUGAAUAACUACCAACACGAACUUAGUCGAUUUCAAAAAGACAGGUGACGUGAGUGGUCAAGCUAAAGCAUACCAUGGUAUGAGUAAUGUGUAGAAAGACCAGGGCAAGUACGAGGACGCAAUGAUUAACUACAAACACGCACUUAGUCUAUUUCAAAAGACAGGUGACCAGAGUGGUCAAGCUAAUGCAUACCACGGUAUGGGUAAUGUGUACAGGUCUCAGGGCAAGUACGAGGACGCAAUGAAUAACUACCAACACGAACUUAGUCUAUUUCAAAAAGACAGGUGACGUGAGUGGUCAAGCUAAAGCAUACCAUGGUAUGGGUAAUGUGCACUGGUUUCAGGGCAAGUACGAGGACGCAAUAAAUAACUACCAACCCGAACUUAGUCUAUUUCAAAAGACAGGUGACGUGAGUGGUCAAGCUAAUGCAUACCUUGGUAUGGGUAAUGUGUACAAAGACCAGGGCAAGUACGAGGACGCAAUGAAUAACUACCAGCACACACUUAGUCUAUUUCAAAAGACAAGUGACGAGAGUGGUCAAGCUAAUGCAUACCUUGGUAUGGGUAAUGUGUACAAAGACCAGGGCAAGUACGAGGACG